CGCCAACUCUCUAUCAUCUCUCUCUUUCUUCCUUUUCUCUGUUCCAUCAUUUUCUUUUGGCUCUCUUCUUGAUUUCUCUGAAACUUUUUAACUGAGAUAUUGACAUGAAUGAAUCAAGGAGAAUCAUAUUCGGUUUCUCAUUCUUAUUCAUCAUCUUGAUCUCCGGGGUUGCUGCAGAUGGAGAAGACAGCGAUGGUGCCGCAACAAAAGAAGAGAAACCGUCACUUAUAAAGAUCAUAUGUGGGAUCUUUGGCAAGAAAUUCCCUCCGAGUUCUUGGGAAUUGAUUCAAGGUGCGAUGCAUAAGAUCCAGAUGAAGCUUUACCCACCCAAUCUAGAUUUCAGAAGCAACAGUGACAAAAACAAGAGAGAGGAGGAAGAUAAAGGAGAGAAAGUGAAAGAAGCAGCAACUAGGAGUCUCGAAGUAAGCAAAGAAGCAAUUGAAGAGUCUGCAAAACUAGCAGGAGAUGUUGUAGGUGAAGUAGUUCACAAAACAGCUGAGAAAGUUACAAAAGAAACCUCACAUGAUGAAAUGUAAUCAUCCACCAAGAUU